AUGCAGGGAGGCAACCUCGACAUUAUCUCUGCCACCGAAGCGCUGAGUGCUUGGGCAGUGGACGACGCAGUUAUCGUGCUUUUCACCGGCAGCGCCCAAAACAAUAUCGAUGCGGCUGGCCGGGACUACAUGCGCAAAGAGUGGACGGUCGGGGUGGCAGCGGUCGAUGCCGUGCAACCAGUGUCGGCAAAUAAUUUAUUCGUCUACGGACACGCAUUCUCAGGUGCUAACCUCAAACGCAUUGCGUACCCUGUCGGUUUGGCCCUCACGCAAACCAUGCCCAAGGCGAUAGACGAGUACUGUCGUGCGGCAUCGCCUUCUACUUCGACGGUUCUAAAGAGGGCUGGCCACAUUUUGAGCUGCAACAUCGGU